AUGAAGGGCGGGGGUACUGCGAGGCAAAGCUGCGACAUCUGGCGAGUGCUGCCGCCUCUCCUGGGGACAGGAUUGGCGGAGCUGCCAUCUGCUGGCAACGGCACCGGCGCAACAGAGAUGGGCGUGCUCAUCUGGGAGGCCAUGAGCGACUCGCGGGUCUGGUACGGGUACAGUUCGAGCAUUCGAAAGAAGUCCGCGCUCUGGAUGAAGAAGUCGCCGGUCCGCGGCGGCGGACACGGCGACUCCGGAGACGCCGACGUCGGGCCGGGCUUCAUUGUCGCGGGUUUCGUCUUCAACUUCAGGCCCGGAGGCGCCCGGCACAUAGGGUCGAUUCCGGUGUGGCUGUGGGUCGUGCGUCUCCUACUACGCGCCAACUGGCGUGCUCUACAAUAA